UAAAUUAGGUCAAUCAGGUCAAUUUUCGUUUUACAAUAAUAGCAAAAGUGAGGUUAUGUUACGGAAAAAAAUCAAAAACAUGAAAACAGUGUUUGCGUCGGCUUUAAUAAUUUUAAUAGUGUCAAAUGUAGUUAUUGCAAUUGAAGAAGAUCUUCUUCAUUCCGUGCAAGAUGAUGUUGCCGGGGAUUCUUAUAAAUAUUACAGUUUAAUGUACGAAGGUGUUGUGAAAAUACAAUUAAUUUCCGAAACUGGAGAUGCAGAUAUUUAUGUUUCGCAAAUAACAGCGAAACCAACUUACGAAUCAAAUAAUUAUUGUUUACAAUCGACAACUUGUGGCGAAGAUAUUAUUUAUAUUCCACAAAGUUUCAAGCGACCAGUCAGUAUUGGUGUUUAUGGACAUCCAUCACAUGAAAAUAGUCGUUUUACGCUUUCUGUUUUUCAAAUUUUAUUAUCGGAAGGCGAAAAUUUCAACGAGCAAAGUCCAACGGAAAUUAUUCGCAAAAAACGUCUCUCAAAAAAAGAAACUCCUUCUGUGAUUAUCACAUUUUUAUGGACGUUGAUUGAUGUUUUGUUACAAUUACUUUUCUGACAUUGAGAAAAGAAAAGAAAUAAUAAAAAAUUAAUAAUUUAUAAAUAUAUAAAAGAAGAAAAAGC